UUGCUGGCUCCAGAUUUAACAGCUUAGCCGUGAUCUUAUUUUAUUUGUAGUAAUUCUGUGUCACAAAAACAGUUCUUUUGUGAAAUGCCUGGCAACAAGGGAGACAGACACCCUCCUGAUGCAUGUUAAUGACUCAUUAAGUCGUCCUUUGCCAUUUGCUAUCCUCGCCCCCCCCCCCCUCCUGUUAAAAGUGUCAAGUACUGCUGCCCCCCUGAUGGUGCAGCCCAUUAAAACUGUUGAGACUGAAAGGCCCAGGCUGUUAAGAGGCGCCAACUAAUGUUUCUCUCUGUCUUGGAGCAGGGCAGAUCUCGUGGAGUGCAGCCAGGGUGGGCUGUCCUUUUUUCCUAGAACUCUUCAGCAGAGCAAACUUUAGAGGAAGGACUCUGACAAUGGGAAUUCUGGCCGUGCCUAGAGAGUGUCAAGAACGAAGCAGAGAUUAUUCAGCGGUAUAUCUGAAUAAAGCAUUCAGCUGAAGUUGAACACUGGACUAAAGUGAACGGACCCCUGCAGAGACUUCUUGUCUUUUGUGUGCCUGGGUUAAGACCAUUUGAUUUAUUUUUUUUUUUUUACUUAUUUUUUAAGGUGGACAUAAGAAGAAAGCGCACAUGAAGAUGACAGCACACCUGUAAGAUGAAGAAUAUUUAACACGACAAGACUGGAACCUGAGAGCAGCAAGCUACUACCACUUUUGCUCUUUAUUUUGGUUUGAGUCUCACAGCCACAUGACAGACAUUGUCAAACCUGACACAUCUUCGUGGACCAUGACCGAGGUGAUCUACGAAUCGGCUGGACUGAGCUUCAGAGCCAGAGUAGCAAUCACUUCAGUUUAUAUUGCACUUUUCCUCUUUGGGGUGGUGGGGAAUCUGGUUGCAGUGAGGGUAGUGUGGAUUUUGAAGCAGAGGACAUGUAUUAAGAAGAGUGUUGGUUACCACAUGCUAAGCCUGGCUUUAUCGGAUCUUCUUAUCCUGGUGGUUGGCAUACCUACUGAGCUGUACAGUGUAAUCUGGUAUCCUUUUCCUUGGCGUUUAGGUAGCCUGGGAUGUAAGGGUUUCUACUAUCUGUGGGAGACCUGCAGCUUUGCCACUAUCUUUAACAUCCUCGCUUUUAGCUUAGAGCGCUACUUAGUCACUUGCCACCCUCUAAGGGCAAAAAUCAUGUCCCGGUCACGCACCAAAAAGCUGGUUCUCGGAGUAUGGUUACUGUCACUGCUUUCUGGGAUUCCAACCCUAAUCUCCGUUGGCCUUGAAGAUGGAAUUAGCCCUUUCAGAGGUACUGAAGAGGACUCUCGACCACCUGUACUCGUUUGCACCAACAUCUCCGCUCAGAAGAACACAUUCCAGGCCCUUGUCUGUACCUCAUUUGUUCUUUACGUCAUGGUCCUAUUAUGUGUAGCUUUCACUUGCUGGCAGAUCAUCCAAGCUCUGCAAGGCUGUUCUAGUUCGGUAACUGUCAAGUGCCACAAUGGUUCUAUCCAUCAGUUGUCCAAAAUAAAGGAUACAGAGGGACUUGGGGCAAGAAGACAGAACGCCAUGAUGCUGGGUUGCAUUGUCUUAGUGCUGGCAGUCUGCUGGCUGCCCUUCCAGUGCCGCCGCCUCAUGACAGCACUCCGAUGGAAAGAGCAGUGGACGGAGCAAUACUACUUGUUGUAUAUCACUCUUCAGCCAAUCAGCAAUGGCUUCUACUACCUCAGCUCCAGCAUCAAUCCUCUCCUCUACAAUGUCACCUCCAGUCAGUUCCGAGCAGUCUUAUCCCAGUGGUUAUGGCGGAGCACCUGCAGGGAGACCACUGAUACAAGCCGAAGAAGCUCUCAGUGCAGUCUGGUUCUUAAAACAAGGCAUCGUCCUUUCUCUGCACCGGCAAAACCAGAUUGUCAAAGCAUCUAUAGUGAAGGUUCACAAUGAACAGCAUUUGACAGAGAAAUAUCUUGUAUUUUUUCAGUCAAAUAAACACGGUUCACAUAAAUCUGUACUUUUGCUUUUGCUCAUUGUGUGUUUUUCUCUCUCCUCACUUCAGUCUAUGUAAAUGUCCCUUUCUACCUCCAGGGUCCCAACAAGUCCUCUCACAUCUAAUUUUGUUGUUGUGGCAUUUGAUCUUCUCCUGUCUUUUGAUUCUGUUGUGUUUCAGAAUGCAAACUGGAGGUCGGAGCCAGUUAGAUCUCAUUUUUGCGCCUUGUUCAGCUGAUCCCAUCAGAUCCCACUUUGGCACCUGAGUUGGUGAGUUUGUCUGGUUUAAUUUUAACAUUCUGGUGGUCAGUCCUGUCAAAUCUAAUUUCAACAUGGCAACGAU